CAUACCAGAGGGACUCAGGAUGCUGUUGCUGCAAGCCCUUCUACUGCUAUUAGGCCUGCUUAGUCAUGCCCAGGAUGUUACUACUGAAGGGCCAGGAGCCCUGCUUCCCAUGCCCAAGGGGGCCUGUGCAGGUUGGAUGGCAGGCAUCCCAGGGCAUCCUGGUCAUAAUGGAACCCCAGGCCGUGAUGGAAGAGAUGGCACCCCUGGUGAGAAGGGUGAGAAGGGAGAUGCAGGUCUUGUUGGUCCUAAGGGUGACACUGGUGAAACUGGAGUGACUGGGGCUGAAGGUCCCCGAGGCUUUCCAGGAAUCCCAGGCAGGAAAGGAGAACCUGGAGAAGGUGCUUAUGUAUACCGAUCAGCAUUCAGUGUGGGACUGGAAACCAAGGACACCAUCCCCAAUGUUCCCAUUCGUUUUACCAAGAUCUUCUACAAUCAGCAAAACCACUAUGAUGGCACCACUGGCAAAUUCCACUGCAACAUUCCUGGGCUGUACUACUUCUCCUACCAUAUCACAGUCUACAUGAAGGAUGUGAAGGUCAGCCUCUUCAAGAAGGACAAAGCUACCCUCUUCACCUAUGACCAGUACCAGGACAAGAAUGUGGACCAGGCCUCUGGCUCUGUGCUCCUCCAUCUGGAGGUGGGCGAUCAAGUCUGGCUUCAGGUGUAUGGGGAUGGAGACCAUAAUGGAGUCUAUGCUGACAAUGUUAAUGACUCUACCUUCACAGGCUUUCUUCUCUACCAUGACACCAACUGAUCACUACUCACUCUGAGCCUCCACCAGACCCAACAGUCAAGAAGUCAAUUAAAGAACCGUCAACAUCUUUCAGCAUAGCAAAGAGAUUGAUUUUAUUGUUCAGUAUGAGAAUUUUAAACAUUAUUGGUCCAUUUACUCAUUAGUUAAUUAAUU